AUGGCGGACCUGGGGCUACCUUUCCUUGCCCGCGACGCAUGGCCGGAGGCUGUCCGGUACAUGUUCGAUGAGUUCUACAAAGCACAGUGGAAGUUCUGCCCAAAACGGCUCGUCUCUCGCCAACUGCACGAUAUAUGGCUAGACAGGGACAUUGUCGUGCCCUUCAAAGAGAAGCAGAUUCUGAAGGAAGGUGAAGACGCUGUCAUCUUCAAGGUUGAGCUGUUCGAAGAGUACAACCAUCUCAUCCAAGGUGACAAAUGUAACAUAUUGCGCGAAUAUAUCGGCGGUGGCACCCUCACGACCUUUUUCAAACGAACGGAACCGCCGACGACGAUGGAAGAUAUCCUCGAAUUCUGGAAAAACUUCAUACAAUUCAUAAAGCCAAUAGCGUGUAUACAUCGUCUUCCCGAUCCGCGUAAUCGUCAUUCGUUCAAAGUGGGAUUACACAACGACAUCAAACCGGAUAACAUCCUCGUGUCGGAGCAGAACGGGAGCAGUCCGUACAGUUUAUCGUUCAAACUGGCAGAUCUCGGUCUCGCCGGGUUUGUGGUGGCGGAUGAGUCGGACGAGACGCCACUUCGCGACGUGCACGGAACGAAGAUGUACAGUGCGCCCGAAUCCUUCCGCGGCGAGACGGACAGGUCCAUGCAACAAAGCAUCAAGCAAGCACACCCGGCUAAAGAUAUAUGGGCGUUGGCUUGUGUGAUCAGUGAAGCUGCAGUAUGGACUGUGUUUGGGCCAACCGGGUUGGACGAAUACCAUCGCCGGCGAGUCGAAGCUACUGACGCUAUUCCUAUUCUCAGGAAUACUGGCUAUAGCGGCUGCUUUCACAAUACCACCAAGGUACUCGCUGCCGUAGACGAGAUGCAUAGGAAGGUCACUCAAAGUCGCCGAGCGAACAUCGACAACAUUGUAGCCCCAUUUCUUCAUAUUGUUGGCGGGAUGAUGAUGCAAGACCCAACGAAGAGACCAGAUGCGUGGAGAGUUUACGAGGAUCUCAGACGAGCUAUAGACUUGGCGAUACCGCCAGCCCACGAUGCAACCACGCAAACACCUACACAAAAUAACAGCAUUCCAGAUUCAACGCCCAUCAAUCUGUCCAUCUUCCUCGUCGAUGACUCUGCGUCCAUGCGACCACAUUGGAAAGAAGUCCAACGCGUUUUCGAAGCUCUGGCGUACCUAGUCAAGACCAUGGAUCCAGACGGUAUCGAACUGCAUUUCGCCAAUAGUCCCGAGCACAAAGGUCGUAGCAAGGACCGCAAAAGUCUCACCAAAAAGUUCGACAGGGUGAAACCGUAUGGUCAAUGCCAGAUGGGUAUUGCGCUCAGCAACAUUCUCCCACUUUACUAUCAGAACCCGCAACAGAACCCGAAAAGCAAGCGCUCAUCGUUGUCCCUACGAGUAGAUGAAAAGCCUCCAGUCAAUAUCUACAUUCUCACAGACGGUGUAUGGUCGCCAGAAUCGUAUUGUGUCUCCACCAUACAAGCUCACAUCACAAACCUAGUCGACAAUUUGUGGAAGGCUGGAAAGCUACAACAUGUCGGUAUUCAGUUCAUCCGCUUCGGGAAUGACGUGAUGGGGAAACAGCGUCUCGACUAUCUCGACAAUGAUAACUUACAGCAUUACACAGUCCCUAUGGACAUUGUCGAUACAGAGCCUUCCGACGGCAAUGUUUUCAAAAUGCUCCUCGCGAGCACCGAUCCUUCCUGGGAUAAUGACGAUAAAAAACCCAGCGGCUGA